AAGCGUAAAGAAGAAGUGAGCUCCCUGGUGGCCGAGACUGGCUGUAAGGUUCUGCAGAAUUACCACCCUGAUUAUGUCCUUCUGUUAUAGUGACACUUGAUCCACGGGGGGUCCCUAUUGGCCAAGGAGGCGUAAGAGGCGAGGCUGCAGGGGGGAUGUCUCGACGUCUUAGACCCGGCACUCAAUAAGGAGAUGGAAGGAUUGUGGGGUAGGGAGGGAGGUCUUAAGUUGGGAGAGGGACAGCAAAGAUACCCCUGUUGCUAUAUUUGCCGUCAUGUUAGGCAAGCAAAAUUAACCUAAAAGUGAGACAAGACAGGAACGUCAGUGAGGCAAUCAGAUGGCUUUUCCACAGAACUGGGAGCUCAGAUAGAUACAUAAACAUAAUAUAUGUCAAUGGCCCGGGCAAAGGAGAACAGGAUCUGUGGACAGUCUGUUUAACUGUUACUGUACUCGACCCUUGACAUUAUUAGCUGAAUCAACUAUCAAGGUCUUCAGCAGUUUUAAAAUAGUAUUUGGACUGACCAGUGGGUCUAAUUCAACUUCAUAAACAGGCUAUGAUGGGAAGAUAUGUGUGGCGGUGUACAUUUCUUGUAUUGGUGUGAAUUAGAUUCUCACCAGGGCAAGAACUACCUGUCAUGCUGAGAAUGUUUCUAAUUUGCUAGCUUCACACGCGCCUUACAGAAUUGCAAAAUUAUGAAUUUUCCUCAUCUCCUGUGUCAUGGGUGCUUGAUUGGAUCUUUUUUCUACUCUACCCAGCAGCUUUGAUUGGCAAACAAUUUGAUCAGAAUUGGUAGAGCUAAACUUACUGAGCUGGUUGAGAUGGCUCAUGCUUUCCUGCAGGGGGCGUCACUCUGAAAGAGUAUUUUUCAGAGAGGAGCAUCUGGUCGCGGUAACGAGGGGUGAUGAUAUCGAAAGUGCAGUGGCCACCCCCUGCCUGGCUGACGGUCGCAGCUAGAGUGCUGUCACGACGGAGCACAUUCUGAGCAAAGGGCUCAGGUUAUAUUUUUGGACUGCCAUGGAGACUGGCCCUUCCAUUUGUAGGAAGGGGGUACAGUUGCGCUCAACAUGAGCCUCCCGCUCUGACAAUCCGGGCUGGGACAAGCAGGCAGCAGCCGAUCCCCAAGCAGCAGUCACACAGGUAAACAAACUGCAGUUACGAUUUUAUACUUUUCGACAGCUCGUAGUAAUGUGUUUAUGCUAUUGACAGGAGGUGGGGGGGAGGGGGGGGGGGGGGGGGGGGGAUGCGUCAUCAAAUUGUGAAAUGGGGCUUAGAGACGGGUAUGCGCACUGUUACAUGUGGUUUUAAUAUAUUCAGGGUGUUGCGUUCCCGGUAUCAAAACUGGAUCGAGAUAUGAUAAUGCUUAAAAUAAUAAUGGCUUGUGUUCUGAUACUCCUGCAAGUAUAUAUUAACCUAUGAACUUAUGAAAACACAGGGUGUUAGCAUGUUUACUGUUGAAAAACAAGUUUGUACAAAGUGUUUUAAGUUGAAUGUUUUUUUUGUUUUUUUUUCUCAUUGUAAGGGGUCUCCCCUGUCGGGAGUGUGUUAGUCAACGGUAAGAAGCAUUACCUGGUAAGCUCAAUUAUGUUAUAUAUUUUUUAAUCUUUACUGAUCAUGUGAUUAGCUCAUAAACUAACUGCUUGUGCAUGUUUUUUUAGGGGUUGGGGGAGGGAGAAGGUGGACACCCAAAAGCCAUUGUGUGAUGCAUGGUUUUAUUGCUAGGUUAUUAAUACCCUUUCCUCUUUUGAACUUGCAUCUUGGAGGUGCUCCAAAUGCCUAACCUACAAGAGCCUUAAAAGGAUGACCUCCUCUCAUGUAGCAGGUCCAGUCUCUCUUACUGUAGCAGAGUGGUCCCUUUAAAGCAUGAUCAGUGGUGGCCUGCAUUUGAGUUUGACUGGUAGAGGCCUAAAACAUACAAACCUACAUUGAAAAACAAUUUAAGUGAAAAGGGAUUAUGUGAAAACCAUUUAAGUGAAAGACAGAAUGCUGUGAGAGAACUAUAAUAUCCUGAUUUGUAGACCUAUCACAUUCCCUUUAAAUCUAAAUACAACUAUCAAGGUUUAAACUUUAAAAGGUUUACAGCCAUCAAGGUUUAAAUAGAUAUGAGUCAAAAUCUUCCAAUUCUAUAAUGUGUUUACUGUGCAUAAAAAAAAAAAAAUCACAUCACCAUGACCGUGUGAUGACGUAGUGACGUCAUUGGGGUCAAAUGCUCAACAUUCACUUUCACUCUCAGUUAAUGCUUGAACCUGUAGGUUGCAGGCCAAGUGUGUCUGCCAGUCAGACCUCAAAGCAACAGUAUCUAACUGCACUGUAGUUUAAACGUUUGAAAAAUUAAUUUAAUCCCUGCUCAUGUUCAGUAUACCCACAGGCACAAGUGUCAGAUCUUCACACAUUACUCUACCUCGUUGUUAUGUGUAGUACAGUGAUUGGUGAUAUGCAUAAACUGCACCUCAGGUACCUUCUUGUCAGUGAUUUACUGUCACCGUGAUGCACCCUGCCUGUACAGGACAGAACCAAGCCUUAUAGAAGGGAGCAGGUGAUUGGCUGCCCUCCUCUCUGCUCUCAGCCUAAAAUUAGGCCAAGGAACCUUCCAGUAUCAGCUGUGAGGUCUUAAUAGUGUUACAUUUGACUGCCCUCCUUCGCUUUCCACUUCACUUCGUCUCUAAGUUUGCUCCUUUGUCCGCUGCAAAUAGCGUUUGUCGGGCUGCGUAAAAUUUACAAAUAAAAACGCUACUAACAAAAACAAACGUUAUUGUAUACAAUACUUUAUUUCAUGUCAGAGAAAAAAUGAAGGUUUAAUAACAAGAAAAGCAGAAAUGACAAUAAUGGGUCUUUUAAGAUGAAAAUGUCACAUUGGUAACAUAAAAAGGGUGGAGGAAAACUCCAGUGUGUAGCACUGAAAACAGAAUCAUGGUUAAAUGGCAGGAUGAAAUGUUAGUUUGUGUGAGAUAAAGUGUUAUUCAUACAACAGACACAAGCAAUGUUCUGUAACCAGGUGAUUCAGUUACCGCAAAACAAUUUGGCAUUUCGAAGCAGUAUUUUAUGAAUACACAAAAGAAGACAUGAAUCGCUUAAAAGCUUAGAGAAUAUGCAGCACCCAGUGAAGCCUAGUGUUUAAAGGCCCAGUGGAGUCAAAAAAAAACGAUUUUCCUGUGUUUUAUACUGUAUAUAUUUCCACACUAUGAGGUUGGAAUAAUACUGUGAAAAUUAUGAUAAUGCCCUUUUAGUGUAAGAACGGUUUGAAAGGACCGUCUGAAAUUUCAGCCUGUUUUGGUGGGAUGGAGUUUUGGUCUGCCUGGUGUCAUUACCAUGUGGUAAAUUAGUUAAUAGACCAAUAAGAAAGAGUUCCAAACCUCUCUGCCAAUAACAGCUGUUUUCAGUUUUCCCCUCCCCACUCGGACCACUACCAGGCAGUCCUAGCUAAAUUCUUGCUUGAGAAAUUACUCUUUGCUAAGAAGCAUUUUUUUUUUCUUUUUGACCAUUUUAAUUGACAACAAUCACAGUCAGGUACUUAAUUGUUACCAGAAAUGAUUUGAUAUUGAUAUAAAAACAGCCGCAUUGGGCCUUUAACACCAUAUUCAGAAGAUGUUUGGAUAAUCUCUGGGCUCAAAUAACAGCCAGAAGAAAAAUAAAAUAUAAACAUGACAAAUAACGGGCUCGGUGAUCAAACUUCCCAAACCAGAACAUUUUACAAGAGUUACCAUUUCAAAUUCCAAACUUAGGUUUUGGUUUUAUGUUACUUUCUGCAUAAUUUCCAACAUACAUGUACAGUACAUGUAAAUGCAUUCACCUAAAACUUUUCAAUGGCAUAAAAUGAAAAAAUAUAUAAAGUAAAAGUAAGUAAAAAAACAUAUUCAUAUAUACAUAAACAUAUGUGAAAGAUACUUUUGACAAGUAAGCAAAUAUAUGUCUGAAGAUUAAAUUGAAUUGGGGAGUUCUCAUUGCUUUGUUCAAAGUGAGUACAUAGAACAAAGCAACAACUAACCAUUUAAGAAGUUCUCAAAAGUUACCUACUGAAGGUGGUAGGAAAGGUAUAAACUGUGAAUUAUAUUGUUUUCAUAACAAGUGCUACUGCAGGAUAUCACCACAGGGUUUGCUGACAAGGUGACCGAAGUUGUUGAAGUCCAUACCAUCUUGAAUAGAAAGUCUUUGCCACCAACAUUUGUAUUUCAAUAUUCACCAUGGCAUAGGUCUGAAAAAGAAAGAAAAAGUAGUCAAAUGUGUUUGUUUACCAAUGAUGUAUUGAUGAUGUUCUUGAUGGUCAAUGAAUAGUUCAGCCACUGAUCUAUACCAUGGGCCGAGAUGGGGGUGGAGAGCAGCUGUAAGGAGAAGUUGAAUUGAUUGAACACUGCCCCUCUUCCUUUAAAACAAUAGGCUACAGUAUCAUUGAUAACCAAAUAAAUAUGCCUCACACUGUCCUGUAUUUCUUUCAGGGGGUUAAACUGCUCAUGGCUGCCAGUUAUAGCAAUGUCAAUGAACCAGGCCUGCUUUUCCAGCAGUACCCUCCAGCUCUACUGCCCAAGCCUGGCAAGGAAAAUGCUAGACUCCAGAAACUACUCAAGAAAACGGAGAAAAAAAUCACGAAAAAAGCAGCCCCUGAGAACGCAAAGACACCUGUCCCUUUCCGCUCAAGCCUCUCCCCUGUGAAUGAAGCAAGCCCUGACUUGGAGCACAGUGACCACUCAACCCCUCCCAAAACCCCAGAGGCACCCUUCUACACACAGCACCCCAGAUUUGCUGUCAGGCCAGUCUAUCGGCAUGUUGCAUCCCCUUACCCGCAGCAACGAGGAGCCACUUUUGGUGGAACCGCAAGUUUCUCCCCACAGCUGUAUGCUGCUCCAGCCCCCACCUUCCCCCAGUAUGUGGCCCCACUCUACACAUUUACUCCAACACCCGUUCCAGACGUUCCAGGGCCAACCUUGCAUGCAUUGGCACCCAAAACGCCUGUGCAAACUUCCUCUGUGCCUGACAUGACAACGACAGCUGUUGCUCAAAUUGCUCCUCCAAUCACUGCUCCAGUUACUCAUCCACUCACUGCUCCAGUUGCUCCUGUCACUCCUGCUGCUACACAACCUACUCUGCGAAUAGCCCCAGUAGUAAUACACCACAAAAGUCCAAGUCCACGUUUUAAAGCUACCGAAGCUACACUAAAAGCACCCAAACCGAUGUUUGAUGUCCCUCAAAUUAGGGUCUAUACUGCAUCUAUGUCCCCUCUCCAUGAUUAUACUGGAUCAAAGACAUCUACUGCAGACGCAUUACCUCUGAGUAAAACAACAACAUCAGAAAUCAGAAGAGCUACAACACCAACAGCUGAAAUCAAAAGGAGUGCAACACCUACAUCCGGGGUAAAAAGAGGUUUAACACCGACACCUGAACUCCAAAGGAGUACAACGCCUACAUCUGAAGUGAAAAGAGCUAAAACACCAACUCGCGAUUUUCUAACACCAAGAACUCCUUUAGGUCGCCCUAAGACACCCUCAAAUCAUGUCUCCCGUGCCAAAACACCUGUUUUUGAAAUAUCAAGAACCAACCCACUUUUAUUCACUGUCUCACCCAUUACUACAGAGGCACAGAGAUCUAAAACACCAACACCUGGUUCUAAUGCUGCCAAUCAAUCUUUGUCAAAAUCACCUUCAACUAGUCAAGGUACAAGAACUCUAAAUGGGGAAGUGACGUCGAAAGAGACUCCCACAACUAAAUCACCCCCUCAGAACAUUUCAAAACCAGAGGCUCCUCGACAUGAAACUCCAAUAGUUGAGUCUGCCAGACCAAAGACCCCUACAGAUCUAUUAGGCUAUCAAAGGCCCAAGACUCCAACAAGUGUUGCACCCUCAUUUGGGUACCAAAGGCCCAAGACUCCAACAGAUGUCACACCAAAAUCUGGUGCACUCUCAUAUGCGUACCAAAGACCCAAGACUCCAACAAUUGUCACACUAAAGCCUACAGCACCCUCAGAUGGGUCCCAAAGACCCAAGACGCCAACAAAAGAAACAUCAAAACCUACAGCACCCUCAGAUGGGUAUCCAAUGCCCAAGACUCCCUCAAAUGAAGGGCAUAAACCUAUGACUCCAACAAUUGAGUAUCAAAGACCACAACCACCAGCAGGGUAUCAAAGACCAAAGAGCACCACAGCUGGGGUAUCAUCCAUAGGAUUUCAAAGGCCCAAGACACCAACAUAUGUGGCCCCUAAACCAAUCCAUACAUAUUAUGGGUUGACUCCUGCUGCAUAUGUUGCCCAUGGUGGAAUCCAAAGUCUUUCACCUUUAUUCGGCAUAUCCAGGUCUAAGACGCCAACUCUAGAGGAAUCUAAAACCCCAACACAAGAGUUAGAAGCAUCUAAAGCACCUACCCAAGAGUUCUCUAAAAAGCCUACCCAAGAGUUACUUGUAAAAUCACAUCCUUUGCACGAUGUGUCAAACCAGGAAGCAUCCUCCAAAGAGCUGGAAAAAACUAUUUCAAGUGAGGCCACAGUAUCCACGACUCCAGUAGUUAAGCUUCCGCUUCCAACCAUUGUUGUUACACAAGCUGAAGAGGUCUCAGAACCAAGAGUAUCCACAGCUGUGACCAGCAAAAUGCCAACUCCUGUUCCUGAAAUGCCAAAGGUUAAAACUGUGGCCAACACAAGACCAUGGGCUAAAUCUCCAACACCUGAGGCUAAGAAACCAGAGGUUAAAACCCCAGUGAAGACACCAACAUAUGGAGUUUCCCCAAAACCCAAGACACCCACCCCAGAAACCCAACGUCCUGUGCCUGCUGCUGCAAACAAAGAUGCCAGCAAGACAAUACCUCCUGUCUCAAAAACAGAAUCUCCUGUGGCUAAAGCCAGUGUGGCGCAACAAAAAGAGUUGAAUGAAUCAACAGAUCCGAAAACGCCAACCAAAGCAACCUCUGAGGCUAAACCAGUAGGGACAAAGCCGACCACUUCUUCUCCACUUGCAAAGACCUCAGCUCCUGAGAAGCUUGUGUCGCCGGCUAAACCAAAGGAUAACCAGGAAGCCAACCCUGAAAAGGCGGUAUCAGCUCCAACCACACCAUCGACAGAGAAGAAGGAAGAGAGGAAAGACUCUUUCCCAGCAGCUGAACCUCUUCUUAAAGUGAUCCAAAAGCCAAAGGGCAUGAUGAAGUCUAAACUCAGUGGUUGGUCACGGCUCAAGCAGCACAUGGUGGUGGAAGAAGAACCACCUAUGUUCCCAGAAUCAGAUCCUAAGAAAGAAAUCGUCAAGGGGACUGAGCAGGAUGGAGGUGAAGCAAAAAAUGAUGAAAAGGUGUCAUUUAAAGACAUGGUGGCCGCGGUAACGGCUGACGAUCCUCCCAAGGCAGUGAAGAAGUGGGAUUCUCUUCUCUUCGAUAUGUUCUCCACUAAAGAGAAGAUUAUGCAGGUGAUUGAAGCCAGCAAAAGUGAGGAGGAGAGAAAAGAGCAGCCAAAGGAUGCAGUGAAAGAAAUCCCAUCCUUUGCCCAUCGUCUGCCUGUUCUCCUUUUCAGCCCAAAGUUUGAUGCCAAAAGGCUAAGAGAGGCUGCGUCAAGGCCACUUACUAAAAUUUCGACUGUGUUUGAGAUGGGUCUCAUAGGGCGUAAACAUAAAGAUGAGGAACCAAAAGACUUUAACAGAACAGCUAGAGGGUUCACUUGUCCU